CAACCCGUUUUUAUUUCCCUUUAUAUUGUCCAGAAAUGGCUCCUCCUACCUCUCUCUCUCUCUCUCCCCUCUCUCUCUCUCUCUCUUUGUCUCUCAAUUCUCUCCUCCACCAUCACAAUCUCCAACCGUCAAUUGCCUGGCCUGGCCUCCUUCACGGGUCACUCAGCUGUCUUCAACGGAAAAGGCUCAGUUUUCUCCUACUUUUUCUUUCCGCUUCACCUAAGUAUAUCUUUUCUUAAUUAUUGGAAAAGGGAGCUCGAAAUUGCUUCAUUGGAUCAUACCUUUUUUGGGAUUGAUUUCUGAGUAUUCAAAUUCACUUGGAGUGGAAGAGAAAUUCUUCAAGAAAAAAAAUUUAACUGGGAUUUCUCUAUUUUGAUCAAUUUUCAUCUGGAAAUUCAGUUCACUAUUUUCGGAUUUGAGAAAGAAAAGAUCAUAGAAAUAUAUAUUGUUUGAUCUCUGGGGUGUUUUGCGUUUAGUGGAAGAGUAAAUCUUCGUUAUUAUUUUCUUCCCUGGAAUUAUGACGAUCGAUUCAUUACCAGGAAGCUCUGGGUAUUUGGAUAUGUACCCAGAGAGAAAGAUAUCACUUUUCAAGAACCCUUAUAUUAUGGGUCUCACUAUAGUUGCUGGGAUCGGUGGACUGCUUUUUGGAUACGACACUGGUGUUAUAUCUGGAGCACUUUUAUAUAUCAAAGACGAUUUUGUGGCUGUUAGGGAAAGUAGUUUUCUACAGGAAACAAUUGUCAGCAUGGCGUUGGUUGGUGCCAUGAUUGGAGCAUCAGCAGGAGGUUGGAUUAAUGACGCUUAUGGACGUAAGAAGGCCACUCUUCUUGCUGAUAUUAUCUUUGCUCUUGGAUCAGUUGUAAUGGCUGCUGCACCAGAUCCUUAUAUUCUUAUAUUGGGCCGCCUACUUGUUGGACUUGGUGUGGGCAUAGCAUCUGUUACUGCUCCUGUAUAUAUUGCAGAGGCAUCACCAUCAGAAAUAAGGGGAGGAUUAGUGGGAAUGAAUGUUCUUAUGAUUACUGGUGGACAAUUUCUUUCAUACCUUGUAAAUCUUGCUUUCACUGAGGUUCCUGGCACUUGGAGAUGGAUGCUUGGAGUUGCGGGUGUGCCAGCUGUGAUCCAAUUUGCUCUCAUGCUCUGUAUGCCAGAGUCCCCCAGAUGGCUUUUUAUGAAGGACAGGAAAACUGAGGCGAUUUCUGUACUUACAAAAAUUUAUGAUGUUUAUCGUUUAGAGGAUGAAGUUGAGUACCUUAACUCUCAGUUGGAGGAAGAACGCCAAAAGAAGAGAGAUGUUAGGUACUUGGAUGUUUUUAGGAGAAAGGAAAUCAGACUUGCAUUUCUGGCUGGUGCCGGACUUCAGGCUUUCCAACAAUUUACUGGUAUCAACACGGUCAUGUACUACAGUCCAACUAUUGUCCAGAUGGCUGGGUUCAAAUCAAACCAGUUAGCUCUUUUGCUGUCCUUGAUUGUUGCUGCAAUGAAUGCUGCGGGUUCAGUUCUCGGAAUAUACCUUAUUGAUCAUGCAGGACGAAGGAAGUUGGCCCUCUCAAGUUUAGCUGGUGUAAUUGUAUCCCUUCUCAUCCUCUCAGGGGCCUUUUUGUUUGGUUCGUCUGAUUCUACAGGUGGACUCUCUGGUUGGUUUGCAGUUAUAGGUUUAGCACUUUACAUUGCUUUCUUCUCACCUGGAAUGGGACCUGUGCCUUGGACGGUUAACUCAGAGAUAUAUCCGGAAGCAUAUCGUGGGAUAUGCGGAGGCAUGUCGGCCACUGUAAAUUGGGUUUCAAAUUUGAUUGUAGCCCAGUCAUUCCUUUCAAUUGCUGAUGCUCUUGGGACUGGUCCUACAUUCUUGAUUCUUGCUGGUAUAGCAGUGAUAGCAUUUGUGUUUGUGAGCUGUUUUGUGCCUGAGACUAAGGGAUUGACAUUUGAGGAAGUGGAGAAUAUUUGGAAGGAGAGGGCUUGGGGCAAUGGUUCAAACACUCAGAGCCUACUUGAGCAGAGAAACGAGUCGUAGAGAGCAUGAAGUAAGAUAUGAUGAUCCUCUAUAUCAUUAUUGUUUUAUAUUUCUGUUUAGUGUUUUAGGAAAAAGCCGGGGGAGGCAAGGGAUUGUCCUUUGCGCGGGUUCCAACAUGGACAUGGAUUGGACAUAGUUGGAUGAGCUUAAAGGAUUUUGAUGCUUUUCGUAUCUCUUCUGGAACAACAGAGAAAAAAGAGUGGAAUAAAUACGGAUACUUAUGUAUUUCUCUAUGUAUGUACCUAUAUAUAUCUACAUAUCUAUCUGUAUAAUGCUGUUUAGACGUUGGGUUCGAGACAAACAUGGGUUUAAGUCACUUCAAAUAUAUGAAUUUUGGAUCAAUCGCUAGCAUUAAAUCUAUGAAUAUUUUCAUGUGUA